GCUUCCAAUUUGGCACAUGUCCCUUGCAAGUUUUUCAAACAGGGUACCUGUACUGCUGGCGCCAAUUGUAUCUUCUCUCAUAAUCCUACUCCUACUUCGGAAGCGUCUGUAUGCAAGUACUUUUUAAAGGGCAACUGCAAAUUUGGUACAAAAUGUGCUUUACUACAUACGAUG